AUGCCUGAUGAUUGCAGCCGCUUGAUAAUGUUGUCUGCAUUCAUGCUCCUUCAAUGGGUUUCGGAUAAGGUAUCAGAACGUUUUCUUGUUUCAGGUUGCAACUGUUCGUCGUUGGGUUCUGAGAGUAACGUGUGUGACAUACGCUCGGGACAGUGUCGUUGCAGACCGCACGUCACCGGCCGAGCCUGUGACACCUGCGAGGAAGGCUACUGGGGUCUCCACCAUGGAGGUUGUCGUCGCUGUGAGUGUGGUGCGGGGGCUGCGGCCUGUGACCCAGUCAGCGGUCUGUGCGCCUGUUCACUUGGUGUAGGAGGGGCGAGGUGUGACCGAUGUCUCAGCGGAUACUACGGCUUUGGACCCACUGGAUGUUUACCAUGUCCUACAUGUACGGAGGGUCGCGUGUGUUCUCCCGUGUCCGGUCGCUGCGUGUGUCCAGCUCGGACCCGCGGCCCGGGCUGUGGCCAGUGCACGCCGGGCUACUGGGGACGAGCUGCCGGCUGCCACACGUGUGACUGUGGACCUGGGGCCAUAGGAGGUCACUGUGACCCCGUGUCGGGCCAGUGUAGUUGUCGCCCGGGCUGGACGGGUCGCGCGUGUGAUCGCUGCGCCCGCGCACACUACGGGCCGCGCUGCAGACCGUGCGGCUGUCACCGAGCGGGCACGCGGUGUGACGACGGACUGUGUCCUUGUGAUAGCAAUGGACAGUGUCCCUGUAAGGAUAAUGUAGUGGGUGAGAAGUGUGAUCGAUGCUUGGAAGGUACGUUCGGUCUAUCGGAGUCCAACCCCGUGGGGUGCACGGCUUGUUUCUGUUUCGGUCGCAGUGCUCAGUGUACUCAGGCCGCCGUCUCCCGCGCCGCGCUUCACAACGCCGUGCCUCUUCACCUCAGGUUGAUGAGGGGCCACAUCAUUACUACUAUGGAUCGCCACUCCCCGCUGGCCAUCCACACGAGUGUUCAGGACGCCCACAUCACUCUCCCGGACCCCCCCGUGCCAGUGUACGCGGAGCUCCCGUCAUUGUUCCUGGGUGACCGCGUGCUCUCUUACGGAGGUGCGUUAAGGUUCCGCGUGGAACAGGAGGGCGGCACACCCAUACCUCGAGACGUACUGAUCGACUUCCCACUCGUCAGCAUAUAUGGAUACAACAUCGUGCUGGAUUAUUAUGAGCGCGCGCCUCCAAUAAACAAUACGUAUGCUGUAUAUCUGCACGAGUCUCUGUGGGAAGUGAGGGGCGCGGGUCCUGGAGGAACAGGGGCUGUCGCUUCUCGUGGAGCGCUCAUGUUGACUCUGAGGGACGUGCGACGUCUCCUGCUUCGAGUGUCAACCCGAGAACCGACCGAUGAACCGUUACAUGUUUUGUUGUUGAACGUGACUCUCGAGACAGCCAUUCCGGGCCUGUCCCGUGGAGCGCCGGCCCCGGGUGUGGAGCGCUGUUCGUGUCCCCGGGGCUACUCCUCCGGCUCGUGUCAGAAGCCAGCGGCCGGGUUCUGGUCUCCACCCUCCCCGCCGCUCGUGACGCAUGUGGCUGGCACCAUCGUCAUCCACGUAGAGCCUGUCAGACCCUGCGAAUGUAACGGCAGGGCUGCAACUUGUGAUCCUGCUACAGGACAUUGCUUGAACUGCACCGCCAACACUUCAGGGCCGCACUGCGACCACUGCGCCGAGGGUUACUACGGCUCGCCUGACCGAGGCUGCGAGCCCUGCCCGUGUCCAGCUCACGGCCCGGUGAGAGCCACCGGCUGCGCAGCCUCGCACGGGAGACUGCACUGCUACUGUCACCUCGGGUACACGGGUUCUCGUUGUGAGUCAUGUUCUCCUGGCUGGCGGCGGGAUGGGGGUGCCUGUGUCCCGUGUUCCUGCGACCCCCGCGGCGCGCUGUCUCAGCGUUGUGAGGGUGGACGCUGCCAUUGUCGGCCGUACGCCACGGGUACACGAUGCCAGCUGUGUGCACAACCAGGCUUCUAUAUGGAUGAGGAUGGUUGCAAACCUUGUGACAACUGCACACAAACUCUACUCCUGUCAAUGAAAGACCUUAUGAGAGAUCUACACUUACGGGCAGAUCUGUCGGAGCUCAGUAGAAUACCACAACCUUUUCCGGCACUUAGAGAAUUUGCAAAUAAUGCAUCAGUUCUAGAAGCAUCGCUUAACCAAUGGCGUAUAAACAAAGAGAAAGCUAUGUUAAUCGAAUCAGCAUUGUUAAAGUUAGAAUCUACCGAACAUGAACUUUUUACAUCUUCCAAUAAACUUAAAACAAGAGCAUCUAGAAGAGAGAAAGAGGCGCAGUAUUUAAGCUUAGAAAGUAUGAGUGGACUGGAAGAGGUAUUCAAGAAAAAGAGGAUAUUGGCAGAGCACGUUGCUGAUUUAGAUGACUUUGCUAGAGGAGAAAAGCAUCUAAGCGCUCACAGAGCUUUAAAAGAAGCGAGACAUUUGCUUAAAAUGAUAAAAGAAUUAAAUUUGGUAGAUUUUAUGACCGGAGCUAACGAUGUCUCUGAUUCGGCCAACCUCCAAUCAACUUCUGUACAUGAAUACAAAUACCGUAUCGACGACAGUUUCCAAAAAAUUUCUAAACUGCAUUCAAGUUUAGAAGAUUGGGAACGUAAGGCAGAAGACUUGCCACGUCUAGCAGGUAUUGUGUGGAGCGCGGGUGACACGGUGGUAGAAGGCAGUAAGAAAAUAAAACCGAGACUUGCUAGAGUCCGGGAUAUUGGGUUGCAAUGUAGACUUGUAUUAGAGGACAUUUCUAAUUUAUCCAUUAACAACCUAACUGAAGAAACACGGGCAGCUUUACUACAUACCCAAAAUCUUGCAGUUGGCUUCCCAACUUUACUAUCUACCCUUCGAAACCUCACAACACAAGCCGAGGAAAAAGAAGGCAUUCUUUACAAUCUCACUCCUAAAUACAAAGAAAAAUAUUUAGACGUAGUAAAAGAACACGUGGAGAACCUUACGAAAAAAGCCAAGGAAUACAAAAAUUUGUUUGCGGGAACACGAUCGGUUGCAUCAGCCGGAGUCCAAGCAGCUCGCGCGUGGUCCGAAGUGGCCGCUGGAGUUCGGGACGCUGUUGCGGCCGCUGAUGCAGCCACUAUUGCUGCUACUACAGCUUCUAAACUAGCUAGAGGACCACAGCCGCUUAUAGCGACAGCUGAUGAGGAGAAGAUGUCUUCAGAGAUACUAAAGAGGAAGGGCAAUGAAUUGAUGUCUAGAGCCAGUGAUUUACACCGAGAACUAGAAGUUGCCCAACGCGGAAUCGAUGUGGUUAGCGUCGGUCUUCGUGGUUUAGGAUGGCGAGAGCGUGCUCUGGCCAGUGGCGCCGAGGGAGGUAUGAUGAAUGGCGGUGCAGCUGCAGUAGCGACACUGAAACAAGCCAGUACACAAGCGGAGAGGGUUUUUGCAAGUAGCCGAGUACUAUACGACGAGGCGGCGGAUCUUAGAAGAAAAGUACGAUACCAACUGCGCCGAAAUCUUGCCGCACUUCAACGUAUGGGAGAUACCGCGCUGGGAGCUGCGGAGGAACAUGUGUCUCAGAUUCGCGGAAACACAGAGCGGGGACGCGAGGUAGCAGCUGCACUAGCAGCGGCAGGGGCAGCGCGCGCUCGGGAACAUGCUGCGGCCGCCGCUACACUGUCUCCUGCACUGAAACGUCUUCACAGCGGCAUCCUGCAAGCACAGCAUGCAGCUGCCACUAUAUCAGUGUCAGUCACUUCACCCGCCGGUGGUGUUGGAUGUGCGCGCGCGUACUCCUCAUGGACUGCUCCAUCAGCUACGCGCGCUACUCUCUCUCUGAGUUUUGAUUCAGCUUUAAGAGAUGGAACGCUGCUGUAUAUACCUGAUCAGGACUCCGAACGCUAUCUUCGUCUCUCCGUAUUAUCUGGGAAACUGGUUGUGAGGUGGGACGUAGGUGGAGGCGUCGGCUACUUGGAGCACCCUGAGCCACUCACACCCACUCUUGACGACGCUGACCACACUGUAUAUCGGCUUCAGAUUGAAAGAGUGUGGAACACAGUUCGGCUUCGUAUUGAACGAUCUGGAAGCGCCGUCAGCACGUCUACUAAUAGUACGACGUCAUCACCAAGCUCGGGUCUACUGCGUCCACAGUACUGGUGGCUGGGAGAACCCGAUUCUCCUUUGCCGGCCUGUGUGCAUUCCUUGCACGCUGAUCACUUGGCUUUAGGACUCUGGGCUUUUUCAAAACAACAAACGAAUUCCAAAUGCACAGGUUGUACCCAAAGAUGGACGAGCCAACGUGGUGAGAGCCUAGCACGUCUGAGCGGUACAGGCUACGUCACCUUGCGCCGCUCGCGACCUGCCGACCGCCGACGAUUCAGUCUCGCUUUGUCCUUUCGCACCACUGACCACCACGCUCUGCUAUUUAUGGCACACGAUCAUGUUAAUAAUCGCUCGGUGUCAGUGUGGGUGCGAGACUGCCGCGUAGUAUUUAAGGUGCAGUACGCGAGUUCUCGACUUGAGAUCACAGCUGGGGGAGACCACUGUGAUGGUAAACCGACUCAUGUUCAGGCCACCAGAGUGUUUAAUGGACUAGAGAGAGGCAGCCUGCGCGUAAACGGUGAAGAGACUCUAGGCUCACCGUCCCCGCCGGUGCAGGCCGCGGCUGACCUGCCAGAGCUGGAAGGAGCCUACUGGGUGGGAGGGUUGCCGCCCGACGCGCAAGGUCUUUAUGAGGCUCCCUCACUACUUGGCUGCAUCGGAGGCCUCGUAGUGGACAGAGAGGGCUACGAUCUGCUGGAUACUCCCACACGGUAUGGGUUGGAGCCAGGAUGUUCAGCUAGGGCUCUUCGGUCUGCAGUACUAGACGGUGACGGCUACAUCGAGCUGUCCUCGCCCGCCAUCCGUCGCAAAACGUCUAUCGGUAUAUCAUUCAGAACCCGAUCUCCGUCCGGCCUCCUGAUGUACAGAGCGCCAUCAAUAUCCGUCCAAGAUAAUGAGGUGGACGACGAAGAAGAUGAUAACCAUUGCAUCGUCCUCGCUCUCGUAAAUGGUGAAUUAGAAGUGAUCGCAAACGCCGGCAAAGGUGAAUUAAGACUGCGGAUAAAUGGGACUAAAUACGAUGAUGGUGGACUUUAUACUGUACGACUGGUCCGGGUUCAUAAACAGCUGGAAGUAUGGGUAGACGAAAAACGUAUGGCCGCCGGCAAUCUUCCGGGAGGUGCUAUUGCAGCGAGGGCACGUGGCUUGUACUUGGGAGGGUCACCUUCUCCAGUCACAUACAUCACCGUGCCAUCCUUCACGGGGACUAUUGCUGACCUUAUAGUGGAUUCUACGUGGAUAGGUCUGGAGUCCAGUGUCUCCCAUUUCCGAGCUCGUCUCGGUCGAGCCCAGACCGCAGCUCCAAGACCAACGCCCACCACUGUCAACACACGAACUGACCUCACCAAUUGUGCUAAGUUAUCAUCAUAUGCAGUGGAAGCAGGUGCUGUAAAGUUCGGUGACGCGGUCCCGAGUUACGCAGCUCUAAGGGCAGCUCGCGCCGCUUUGUUUAGUUUCAGUCUUCAAUUGCGAACUUUCGCAAAAGACGGAAUCGUCAUGCUCUUGCCGGGCUCCAAGCAGAAACCUCGUCACUUUGUCACUUUGUUGUUGCGUGAGGGUCGGGCUCGACUCAUGGUUCGUGGAAGGAGGCGCAAAGAGUUGGUGCUACCAGGAAAUGUCAGCGACGGCGAAUGGCAUGAGUUGUCAGUACGUAUCUCCCGUAGUCGGCUCGUGUUAUCUUCGGGCUCCUCGGCGGUGACAGGCCGGGCCCCGCCACACGCUCGCGCCGCGCGGAUGUACCUGGGAGGACCGCCGCCCGCCGCUGCUAUACCACACGUACCUAACUCAUUGUUGAAGCUGGGAGGUCUGGUAGGUUGUGUUCGUCGUGUGGCGGUCGGAGGUCGAGCCGAGGACCCGGUGAGGGACGCGCGAGCUCACGUCGCCGUCUCACAAUGCUUCCCUCGUGUCGAACGAGGAGCGUAUUUUGGAGGGGACGCGUACGCCGAGUGGUCGGAGACAGGGUUCGCAGGCUUGGGGGCUGAGGAGGGUGAGGGGGACAGCGUGGAGCUGCGGCUGGAGUUCCGCGCCACCAGCGGGGCCGGGCUGCUGGCGGCGUUUGGUGGAGCCUUGCUGGAACUGAAGGACGGCAUGGUGGUGUUAAGUCGUGGAGGAACGUCAGUGGAGAGCGGUGGUCGUGUGUGUGACGGCAGGUGGCACACGGCCGCGGCCCGCGUGUGGCGCGCCGGGCUCAGCCUGUCCCUGGACGGAGCGCCUCCUGAACGAGCAGCCCCUGCUCUGAUAGCACCUGCCGCUCCGCCGACGGGGAACUCAUUAUAUGUAGCCGGACUACCUGAAGGCGCCCGCGACAUGGGUGAUGGACGAGAGAACUUCAAAGGUUGUGUUCGUGACGUCACUUACCGAGGUUCUACUCGGACCUGGAGGGCGGCCAGUCUACAUCACGUGCUGCUUGACUCUUGUCCUGUGUCACAAUGA